CCGGGCAUUAAAAAAGCAAAGUCACUGCAAGCAAGAUCAUGAGGAGCACACUCUACUGCCUGAUACUGGGUCUUGGAGUUCUUAUCAGUGCAGAUGGAACAGGAGCAGCUGAGCCACAGAAGCUGUGGUAUGAGGACAUUCUAAACAGUGUUGUGGAGAUAUCAGAAUUUUUUUCUGAAAAUGCCACUGAUGGCAGUGACAACAUAUCAACCUGUGUUUCUGCUCGUUAUGGUGUCCCCUGUGCCUGCCAAGAAGGCUAUAGAAGGACAUCGAAAGUUUUCUACCAAUCCAGUGCUGAGUAUCUUUGUGAGCGAAUUCCCUAUCAAUGCAAAUUGGAUCCAGGGAAUGAAAAUGCAAAUAUGUGUUUGAAUGCAACAAAACAAAAUGACAGUAAUCAUAACUACUGCUUAGCAAUGAGGUCUACCAUCAGUAUCUUGCAAUCUGCCUGUGAAAAUGGCAGAUCAUCAGCUUCCUUGAAGGAAACCGCAAAAUCCUUUGACACUUUCAGCAAUGCUCUGUCGCAGAUUAAAAUGAAGAAUGAGAUUGUAUCAGCUGUGACAUUUGCUCUGAAAGGAGUAAGCACAACUGCAUUAACAACUGCUCUUGCAUCACCAGACAAACCAACACAGACAAUCACUUCUGAGUUAGUAGCUAUUCAAACACAUCUCAUCAGUAAAGAGCAGAUUUCAAAAAACCAAAUUCUCAAAUUAGAAGCAAGAGGAGAUAGAAUGGCCAUUCAUCCCAGUGCUGUGACUAACUCAGUCGCCAAAGAUUCUGUUGCUGUAGCUUUUAUAUCAUUCAGUGGACUGGGAUCAUUCCUAAGAGGAGAUUUUCUGCAGAAUAAGACUCUGCUGAGUGGCAGGAACCUAGAAAGCAUUCAUUUGAACUCCAGGGUGGUGAGUGCUUCCAGCAGCAAGCAGACGGAGAAGCUUCCCAGCCCUGUCAACCUCACUUUUGAACACCUUGAGAACAAAGGUAAUGUGGCAGAUGUUAUUUGUGUGCAUCUGAACACUGCCGAAGCGGAUGGUGCCUGGUCUACUGAGGGCUGUCAGUGUCUCCAUUCUAACAGCACUCAUUCAGACUGCAGUUGCCAGUACAUGUCUAGUUUUGCUGUGCUGAUGUCCUCUGUUCCUAUGAAGGGACACCCAGCCCUCACGAUUAUCAGCAACAUUGGACUGUCUGUCUCAAUCAUCUGCCUCUUCUUGUCCAUCAUCACGUUUAUCUUUUGCCAUUCCAUCCAAAGCAGCAGCACAUUCAUUCACCUGCAGCUGAGCCUGUUCCUCUUCUUUGCUGACCUCCUCUUCAUAAUGGGAAUAGACAAGGCAUACAAUAAGGUCCUGUGCUCAGUGAUAGCUGGGAUGCUGCAGUACCUCUUUCUGGGCUGUUUUGUGUGGAUGUUCUUGGAAGGUAUAAAUCUCUACCUCAUUGUCAAGAAUCUGAAAGUUGCAAAUUACAGUGGUGCCAGCAAGCGUGUGAAGAUAUCCAUGUACCUUUGUGGCUAUGGGGUCCCUCUCAUGAUAGUAGCCAUUUCUGCAGCAGUUGUUCCUGGGGCCUAUGGAACUCAUUAUCACUGCUGGCUUGAUACCGAAAAAGGUUUUACCUGGAGCUUUCUGGGACCUGUUUGUGCCAUAAUUGUGAUCAACAGUGUUCUUUUCUGCCUUAUUCUGAAGAUUUUGCAUGAGAAGAUGUCAUCCCUCAAUUCAAAGAUAAGCACUCUGAAAAAUACCAGGUCACUGACAGUGAAGGCCAUAUCCCAUGUCUUCAUUCUGGGUGUGACUUGGUGCUUUGGCCUCUUUCAGUAUGGCCCAAUGGCAGAAAUAAUGAAAUACCUGUUCAUCCUCACCAACAGUGUGCAGGGGGCCUUCAUCUUCCUAGUGCACUGCCUGCUCAACAAAAAGGUGAGAGAAACGUAUCGCCAUUGGAUUUGUUGCGGAAAAGAUACCCAGCCUCCUGUUUCUGAUAUAUCUAUGACUUCUGUUCCCUCCAGCAUUCCUGUGGUAAACCUACAAAAUACUUCACCAAAGCAACAAGGGAUAACAUGGGGGGAGGAAGCUUCAUCAUCCACGACACUUCCUCAUUAAUUUCCUAUAUCGAUCUCAUCCUCCCUGUCAAAGCACAACAGAAAGGAGAGACUUCAGACUUUACAGAACUGCUCUUUUUCAUAUCCAGGCAAUUGUUUGCCUGCUGCUUUUGCUGCUUGAUCUUUAAAGUAUUCCAGAAGUCGAGAACCAUGUAGCUGAGAUCCUGAUUAAGCCGCUCCCUGUUGCUAUUACCAUCCUCUCUAAAAAUAUAAUAAUAAAAUAUAAAAGCAAUGCAGAAUA